UGAAAAAAACGUAGAAAAUAAAGACACAAUGGUACGCAUGGAAUCUGUGCAAACUUUACUUGGUCAUCAAGGACGGGUAUGGAAUGUUAGCUGGCAUCCCCAAGGAUCAUUUCUGGCAAGUUGUGGAGAAGAUAAAACAAUUCGAAUCUGGGGUAGAGAAGGCGAUAAAUGGAUUACUAAAGCAGUUUUAACUGACGGUCAUCAAAGGACUAUCCGUCAAGUAGCAUGGUCUCCUUGUGGAAACUACCUAGCGUCAGCAAGUUUCGACGCUACUGUGGCUAUUUGGGAUAAAAAAUCAGGAGAGUUUGAAUGUAAUGCAACGUUGGAAGGUCAUGAAAACGAAGUAAAAAGUGUUUCCUGGUCAAAAUCGGGACAGCUACUUGCAACAUGCAGCAGAGAUAAAAGCGUGUGGGUGUGGGAAGUUGCAGAAGAUGAUGAGUAUGAAUGUGCAGCUGUCUUGAAUGCACAUACGCAAGAUGUUAAGAAAGUGUUGUGGCAUCCACAUCUUGAUAUAUUGGCUUCCGCCAGUUACGAUAACACUGUGAAAAUUUUUAGGGAAGACCCCGAUGACAAUGAUUGGAUUUGUGCAGCUACUUUGAGUUCUCAUGAGUCAACUGUUUGGGGUUUGGCUUUUAAUCCCACGGGCUCACGACUUGCAACAUGUAGUGCUGAUCUAACGGUAAAAAUUUGGAAUGAAUACCUCCCAGGUAAUUCUGAGGGAAUUGUGACACCAGGAACGGAUGCUGUGUGGAAAUGCGUGUGCACAUUGUCAGGUUAUCAUAAUCGUACAAUUUAUGAUAUUGACUGGUGUGGGACGACAGACCUCAUUGUAACAGCGUGUGGUGACGACAAUAUUAGAAUUUUUAAGGAAUCUCCUGGUUCUGAUAGAAAUGCCCCGACUUUCUCUUUAUUGCACACAUGCUAUGGAGCCCACACACAAGAUGUUAACAGUGUUUCAUGGAAUCCUACGUUUCCUGGUUUAUUAGCAUCUGCAAGUGAUGAUGGAGAAAUAAAAAUUUGGAACUGCAGUGAUUAUUAAACAGAUGAACAGUUCUGCUAACUCUUGACCUAGACAUUCCGUUGCUGCUAAUGCACAGUGACAGACAGAUAAAACAGUUUGAAGCAGAUGCAUAAGUUUCAUCAUUUCUGUGAAGACAGUAACUGCUAGUACCCAUAUUGUCUCUGUUUUCUUUUUUAUGUAUAUAUAAUAAAGAUUUUGUUUUUUGUUUA